AUGGAUGAAUUUGCCACAACAAAUGUUUUAGAGCGAUAUAAACGAAUCCAAAGUCAAACAGAAGCAACCAAAACAUUAAUUGAUUAUGGAGCCAUUGUUAAUGCCGAAGACAAUGAGCAGAAGAGUCCGCUUCAUUACGCUGCUGAUAAAGGUCACAUUGAAAUAAUAAAAACUCUUAUUGAACAUGGAGCCAAUAUAAAUGCAGAAGAAAAUAACAAACGUACACCUUCAACACUUCACUGGGCUUCUCGGAAUGGUAAUCUGGAAGCAAUAAAAUAUCUGGUGGAACAUGGAGCAAAUUUGAGUGUGGAUGAAACGCUAAAUUAUAAAACCCCACUUCACUGGGUUGCUGAGAAUAGUAAUUUAGAAGCAGUCAAAUAUCUAGUAGAACAUGGAGCCAAUAUAAAUGCGUAUGUAAUUGGCCGUUACCAAGGGACUCCACUUCAUAACGCUGCUUAUUAUGGUAAUGCAGAAGUAGUCAAAUAUCUACUUAACCAUGGAGCCAAUGUACAUGCAGAAGACAAUGUGAAAAAUACACCACUACAAUACGCAGCAGAGACUGGUCAUUUAGAAGCAAUAAAAUAUCUAGUAGAACAUGGAGCCAAUGUAAAUUCGGAAGGCGAUUAUGAAGAAACUUCACUUCAUAGAGCUGCUUUGAAUGGUAAUUUUGAAGCAGUCAAAUAUCUUGUCGGACAUGGAGCAAAUGUAAAUGCUAUUGAUAGGCUGCAUCUUACGCCGCUCUGGCAAGCCACUCAGAAUGGGAAUUGA